AUGGCGAACAAGUACAACAUCACGGCCAAGGAGACCUGGCCAACCAGAUACUCCCACAUCAAUGGUACACCGGAAGAGAUUCUCGACCGAUUCGCCGUCUCUGAGCUUUGCCGUGCCUGGCCAGUCUAUCGUGAUGCCUCUGAAUGGCAAAACUAUCGCGAUGCCUGGGCUGACAAGGGCUCUUAUCUCUGGACUACUUGGGGCGGCGGCGUUGAUAUCGACGACUUCAUCCAGAUCUCCAUCAAGGGUCGUGAAGCUGGAGACUUUAUCAUGCACCGAGAGAACGGCACGCUCGUCGAAUUGAACCCCAAGAAUGGGCGAGCAUGUGGAAAGAUGAAGGCCACAAUCACGCAGCGGUUCUUCUUUGAGAAGGAGGGUGCUUGCGAUGUCGAGUGUGACUGCCGCUUCAUCUUCUUCUGCCGCAAAGGCACCUCGAAGACCGGACAGCCGGAAUGGAAGCUCCAGUACGUCAAGCUGUUCUACGAGAAGGACAAGGUCAUCCCACUCGACGGCAAGCCCCUCCCUGACUGGGACCAAUCCGUCUUGAACAAGUUCCCAGAAGGUUACCGCUGGCUUGGAGCGGCACAGGAGAAACUGGGCCACAAUAUGUUGUACGACCUGCCCGCUUUUGAUAAUCAGGGAUUCUGGGAUUUGUUGAAAGGCAUGAAUUUGUGGCUCGAGGGCAAGGAUGACGAGGUUGUCAAGGCGCUGGGUGUUCCCGGUGCUUGA